AUGGCGGGGGGCCCCGUCGCCUGGCGAAGCUGCCGGCAGACAGGGGUCUCCAAAUCAUCAACCGAGGCCGAAUAUAUCGCAUCCUCCGAAGCCGCAUAUGAGCUCGUCUGCCUACGGGAGCUCCUAGAAGAUGCCGGUUUCGUGCCGUCCAGCCUCAAUAAUCUGGAUGCCGACGAUCACCCCAACCCACCUCCGGCGAAUGGCCUUGCUUAUACGAUUCAUGCCGAUAACAAGUCUGCCAUCGAGCUAUCCUCUUCCGAAGCGAUUCCGCGCCGAUCGAAGCAUAUAGAGGUCCGAUUCCAUAUCCUUCGGGAUCUCGUCCGCAAGAAUGAGAUAUCGGUCCGUUGUCUUUGUACCUGUACUUGA